GGGCCGCCCACCACCCGGAUCGCACCGCGAGCGCAGAUCUGCUCCCGCCCGCUCAGUCCCGCUCCGGCCCCAGUCGCCCCCUGAAAUGCCGGUCGACUUUACCGGGUACUGGAAGAUGCUGGCCAACGAGAAUUUCGAGGAGUACCUGCGCGCGCUGGAUGUCAAUGUGGCCUUGCGCAAAAUCGCCAACUUGCUGAAGCCAGACAAAGAGAUUGUGCAGAACGGUGACCACAUGAUCAUCCGAACGCUGAGCACUUUUAGGAACUACAUCAUGGACUUCCAGGUUGGGGAGGAGUUUGAGGAGGAUCUGACGGGCAUAGACGACCGCAAGUGCAUGACCACGGUGAGCUGGGAUGGGGACAAGCUCGAGUGUGUGCAGAAGGGCGAGAAGGAGGGACGUGGCUGGACCCAGUGGAUUGAGGGUGACGAGCUGCACCUGGAGAUGAGAGUGCAGGGUGUGGUCUGCAAGCAAGUAUUCAAAAAGGUGAACUGAAGCCUGAACAUACCUUAGUCUCGAGGAAUAAGUGGCAUG